AUGCCUACGCGACUGACCCAAACCCGCAAACACCGCGGCCAUGUCUCCGCUGGUCACGGCCGCGUUGGCAAGCACCGAAAGCAUCCUGGUGGACGUGGUAUGGCGGGCGGGCAACAUCACCAUCGAACGAAUAUCGACAAAUACCAUCCCGGUUACUUCGGAAAAGUGGGCAUGCGAUACUUCCACAAGCUGCAGAAUCAGUUCUGGAAGCCGGUUAUCAAUUUGGACAAGCUCUGGUCACUAGUUCCCGUCGAAAAGCGUGAUGAAUACCUAUCGAAGGAAAAAGGCGACACAGCACCCGUUCUUGAUCUGCUGCCAUUAGGGUACUCGAAGGUCUUGGGCAAGGGACGGAUUCCAGAUAUACCCAUGGUGGUGCGAGCGAGGUUCUUCAGUCGGGAAGCGGAGAGGAAGAUCAAGGAGGCAGGAGGAGUAGUCGAAUUGGUGGCAUAG